AUGACAGACAAAUCUCAAUUCGAGCAGGGCCACCAAGUCCCCACCGGCGACCAGCAACCGCCAGGCCUCCAGCACAAGCUCCAGACGCAGCCCGCAGCCGCCCAGGUACCCACCGAAGAUGGCGGCUACCAGAUGUACAAAGCGGCUGGCAAGCUGAAGGGCAAGAAGGCUCUUAUCACCGGGGGAGACAGCGGAAUCGGACAAGCGACAGCCAUUCUCUUCGCCAUGGAGGGCGCAGACUCCUUCAUCACCUACCUACCUGAGGAGGAGAAGGACGCACAACAGACGAAGUCCUACGUCGAGAGUCAUGGCCAGAAGUGCCACCUCUAUCCUGCGAACCUGAAGGGCAAGGACGUCUGCAAGAAGAUGGUGGACGAGGCGCUGAAGCAGAUGGGCGCGAUCAACAUUCUCUUCAACAAUCACGCCUACCAAAUGCAGGUCAACAGCAUCGAGGACUUGUCGGAGGAGCAGUGGGAACACACCUUUGACACGAAUAUCCACCCAUUCUUCUACAUCUCAAAGUACACGAUCCCGCACAUGAAGCAAGGCGACACAAUCAUCAACAACGGCUCCGUCAACGCCUACGUCGGGCGCCCAGAUCUGCUCGACUACACCAGUACCAAGGGCGCCAUCAUCGCGUUCACCCGUGGCUUGUCGAAUCAGUACGUGAGCAAAGGCAUCCGCGUCAACGCCGUUGCGCCAGGGCCGGUCUGGACGCCGCUUGUGCAGGCCACGAUGGACCAGCCCACACAGUCGCAGUUCUCCUCGCCGAUGGGCAGGCCAGGACAGCCGAGCGAGAUUGCAACGUGUGUGGUGUUUUUGGCGAGCACGGAUUCCAGCCAGCUGAGUGGGCAGACGAUCCACUGCAAUGGCGGUGUCAUUGUGAACGGCUGA